AUGGGCUGCUCGCCGGCGGCGGCCAGGGCCGCGCGCCUCCUCCUCAUCGUCCUCGUGGUCGCGGCUGGCACAUCGGUGGCCGGGGCGACGUACGUCCGGUACAAGGAUCCGAAGCAGCCGAUCCAGGCGCGCGUGACGGAUCUCCUCGGCCGAAUGACGCUCGAGGAGAAGAUCGGCCAGAUGACCCAGAUCGAGCGCGCCAACGCCUCCACGGCCGUCAUCGAGAAGUACUUCGUCGGGAGCGUGCUGAGCGGCGGCGGCAGCGUGCCGUCGGAGAAGGCGUCGGCGGCGACGUGGCAGGAGAUGAUCACCAAGAUGCAGAAGGCGGCGCUCAGCACCCGCCUCGGCAUCCCCAUCAUCUACGGCAUCGACGCCGUGCACGGCAACAACAACGCCUACAACGCCACCAUCUUCCCCCACAACGUCGGCCUCGGCGCCACCAGGGACCCCGACCUGGUCAAGCUCAUCGGCCGCGCCACGGCGCUCGAGGCCAGGGCCACCGGCAUCGCCUACACCUUCGCGCCAUGCGUCGCCGUUUGCCGUGAUCCGAGGUGGGGCAGGUGCUACGAGAGCUUCAGCGAGGACACGAAGCUGGUGCAGCUGAUGACGGCGGCCGUGAUCCCCGGUCUGCAGGGCGCCGCCCGCCACCCCACGGGCAUCCCCAUCGUGGCCGGGCCCAAGAACGUGGCCGGCUGCGCCAAGCACUUCGUCGGCGACGGCGGGACUCGCAACGGGAUCAACGAGAACAACACGGUGCUGAGCUUCCACGACCUCAUGCGGAUCCACAUGCCGCCCUACUACGACGCCGUCAUCAAGGGCAUCGCCUCCGUCAUGAUCUCCUACUCCAGCUGGAACGGCGUCAAGAUGCACGAGAACAAGUACCUCAUCACCCAAAUCCUCAAGGACAAGAUGCGCUUCAGGGGGUUCGUGAUCACGGACUGGCAGGCGGUGGACAAGAUCACCACGCCGCCGCACAAGCACUACUACCACUCCAUCCAGGAGACCAUCCACGCAGGCAUCGACAUGGUCAUGGUCCCCUACGAUUACCCGGAGUUCGUCGCCGACGUCACCGUGCAGGCCAAGCGCGGCGCCAUCAACAUGGACCGCAUCAACGACGCCGUCAGCCGCAUCCUCCGGGUCAAGUUCGCCAUGGGCCUCUUCGAGAACCCCUUGCCCGACCACACCCUCGUCGACCAGCUCGGCAGCAAGCCGCACCGGGAGCUCGCCAGGGAGGCCGUCCGCAAGUCGCUCGUGCUGCUCAAGAACGGCAAAGGCAAGAAAGACGGCAAGCCCGUCCUGCCGCUCUCCAAGGACGCCAAGAAGAUCCUCGUCGUCGGCACCCACGCCCACGACCUCGGCCUCCAGUGCGGCGGCUGGACCAAGUCCUGGCAGGGUCAGUCCGGCAACGACUUCACCGGCCAAGGCACGACCAUCCUUGAGGCGAUCAAGUCGGCGGUGGACAAGAAGACGGUCAUCGACUACUCGGAGCACCCGGACAAGGGCUCCAUCUCCAAGAACCUGGACGAGUACGACUACGGCGUGGUGGUGGUGGGCGAGCAGCCCUACGCCGAGACGGCCGGCGACAACCAGAACCUCACCAUCCCGGGCCCGGGGCCUGAGGUCAUCAGGAAGGUGUGCGAGCUCGUCAAGUGCGUCGUGGUCCUUGUCUCCGGCCGCCCGCUCGUCGUCGAGCCGUACCUGGACACCAUGGACGCGCUCGUCGCCGCGUGGCUGCCGGGCACCGAGGGCCACGGCGUCGCCGACGUGCUCUUCGGGGACUACGGCUUCUCCGGGAAGCUGCCGCGGACGUGGGUCAGGUCCGUGGACCAGCUGCCCAUGAACUACGGCGACAAGCUCUACGACCCGCUCUUCCCCUUCGGCUUCGGCCUCACCACCAAGCCGGCGGCGGAUCGCAUCAUACGUGAGCUAUUAUGCUGA